AUGAAAAAUAGGACGUUUACUGAGUUCAUCCUGUUGGGCUUCACAAAUCAACCUGAGGUCCAAGUUGUGAUAUUCAUCUUUCUGCUCCUCACUUAUGUGAUAAGUGUCCUAGGAAAUCUGACCAUCAUCAUUCUCACUCAGGUACACCCUCACCUCCAGACCCCCAUGUAUUUCUUCCUCCGGAAUUUCUCCUUCUUAGAAAUUUCCUUCACAUCCAUUUUUAUUCCCAGAUUUCUGACCAGCGUGACAACAGGAAAUAAAGUCAUCAGUUUUGCUGGAUGCUUCAUUCAAUAUUUUUUUGCUAUAUUCCUUGGGGCAACAGAGUUUUACCUCUUGGCUUCUAUGUCCUAUGACCGCUAUGUUGCCAUCUGCAAACCCCUGCAUUACCUGAACAUCAUGAGCAACAGAGUCUGCAUACAACUCGUGUUCUUUAUGUACAUCAAUCCAUCAGCAAAAGAAGAAGGCGCUUUCAACAAAGGAAUAGCUGUGCUCAUUACCUCAAUUACUCCCUUAUUAAACCCCUUCAUUUACACUCUAAGAAAUCAGCAAGUGAAGCAAGCAUUCAAGGACACCAUCAAGAAGAUUAUGAAGCUUUAA